CUUUCCUUUUUUAGCUAAGAAAAGAAGACUACACUUUGGUAGACUCGUCACUCACAUCAUCACACAGAGAGCAAGAGGCAUGUCAACAGAGACUAAAGAAACCCGACCCGAAGACCCGGAAACCCAUUCUACUGUGGAUUUACCCGGUGAAGAACCUCUCGGAAAGCUUAUCGCUGACGACGUGAACGACGUCGUUUCUGAUGCGUCGGCGACGGAGACAGACUUCUCACUCUCCCCGAGUCAAUCGGAGCAAAAUAUUGAAGAAGACGGCCAAAACUCACUCGAUGACCAAUCGCCAUUAACGGAGCUUCAACCUCAGCCUCUUCCUCCUCCUCCUCCAAUCGAAACACGAAUCUCAGAAUCGCCCGGUGAAGAAGAAUCUUCCGAUCUGGUAACGGAGCAACAAUCACAAAACCCUAAUGCGGCGGAGCCUGGUCCUAGGGUAAGAAAACGACGCCGUAGGAAGCGUUUCUUCACUGAGAUUAACGCGAACCCAGCUUUCUCCAGAAACCGCCGCACUAGCGUCGGCAAAGAGGUGGAUUCAGAAGCGCUAAUCGCAAUGUCGGUAGGGUUUCCGGUUUAUUCGCUCACGGAGGAAGAAAUCGAAGCUAAUGUGGUUUCGAUCAUCGGAGGUAAAGAUCAAGCUAAUUACAUUGUUGUGAGGAAUCACAUUAUCGCUCUGUGGCGAUCUAAUGUCUCGAAUUGGCUAACGCGAGAUCAUGCGCUUGAGUCUAUACGUGCUGAACACAAAACCUUAGUUGAUACUGCUUACAAUUUCCUUCUUGAGCAUGGUUAUAUUAACUUCGGGCUUGCUCCGGUUAUUAAAGAGGCGAAAUUGAGGUCGUUUGAUGGCGUAGAGCCGCCUAAUGUUGUGGUUGUUGGGGCGGGUUUAGCUGGUUUGGUGGCUGCUAGACAAUUGUUGUCAAUGGGGUUUAGGGUUUUGGUUCUUGAAGGUAGAGAUAGACCGGGUGGGCGGGUUAAGACUCGGAAAAUGAAAGGUGGUGAUGGUGUUGAGGCAAUGGCUGAUGUUGGUGGAAGUGUUCUCACCGGAAUUAAUGGGAAUCCGCUUGGGGUUUUGGCGAGGCAACUCGGUUUGCCUCUUCAUAAGGUUAGAGAUAUUUGUCCUUUGUAUCUUCCCAGUGGAGAGCUUGUUGAUGCUGGUGUUGAUUCUAAGAUUGAGGCAUCGUUUAAUAAGUUGUUGGAUAGAGUUUGUAAGCUUAGACAGUCGAUGAUAGAGGAGAAUAAAUCAGUAGAUGUGCCUUUGGGAGAAGCGCUUGAAACAUUUCGAUUGGUUUAUGGGGUUGCUGAGGAUCAGCAAGAGAGAAUGCUCUUAGAUUGGCAUUUAGCAAACUUGGAAUAUGCAAAUGCUACAUUGUUGGGAAAUCUGUCAAUGGCGUAUUGGGAUCAAGAUGAUCCGUAUGAGAUGGGCGGUGAUCAUUGUUUUAUCCCAGGUGGGAACGAAAUAUUUGUACAUGCGUUAGCGGAAAAUCUUCCGAUUUUCUACGGGAAUACCGUUGAAAGCAUCAGAUAUGGAAGCAACGGGGUUCUUGUUUACGCAGGAGACAAAGAGUUCCACUGCGAUAUGGCUCUUUGCACGGUUCCGUUAGGUGUUCUGAAGAAAGGUGCGAUCGAGUUUUAUCCCGAGCUUCCUCAGAAGAAGAAAGAAGCGAUUCAGAGACUCGGAUAUGGAUUGUUGAACAAAGUGGCGAUGUUGUUUCCGUAUAAUUUCUGGGGCGAAGAGAUUGAUACUUUUGGGCGAUUAACUGAAGAUUCGUCCACUAGAGGAGAAUUCUUCUUGUUCUACAGCUAUUCUUCUGUUUCCGGUGGUCCAUUACUUGUAGCACUUGUAGCUGGUGACGCUGCAGAAAGAUUCGAGUCAUUGUCGCCUACUGAUUCCGUUAAACGGGUCUUGCAGAUACUACGCGGAAUAUAUCACCCAAAAGGAAUUGUUGUUCCUGAUCCGGUGCAAGCCCUCUGUUCCAGAUGGGGCCAAGACAAGUUUUCAUACGGUUCUUACUCAUAUGUUGCGGUUGGAUCAUCAGGAGAUGAUUACGACAUUUUAGCUGAGAGUGUUGGUGACGGAAGAGUGUUCUUUGCAGGUGAAGCUACUAACCGACAAUAUCCAGCAACAAUGCACGGAGCCUUCUUAAGUGGAAUGAGAGAAGCAGCAAACAUACUUAGAGUUGCUAGAAGAAGAACAUCAUCGUCGGCUUCAAAUCCUAACCAGACCUGCAUUGACAAAGAAGAAGAGGUAGACGAAGAAGAAGACAGCUGUUUGGAUCAGUUAUUCGAGACACCCGAUCUGUCAUUCGGGAAUUUCUCGGUUUUGUUUACUCCAAAUUCGGAUGAACCUGAAUCCAUGUCAUUGUUGAGAGUUAGGAUCCAAAUGGAGAAACCCGAAUCGGGUCUUUGGCUUUACGGUUUAGUAACUAGAAGGCAAGCUAUUGAGCUUGGGGAAAUGGAGGGAGAUGAGUUGAGAAAUGAAUACUUGCGUGACAAGUUAGGGUUUGUACUCGUCGAAAGGAAGAGUCUAUCUCAAGAAGGAGAAUCGAUGAUCUCUUCACUCAAAGCUGCGAGAUUGAAUCGACAGAUCUUUGAUUAGUAAUAAAAUAGAUUUAGAUGG